AUGGCUCGUCCCUGCAGCUCCCCGUGGCCCCUGCUGCUCCCUGGGAGGAUGUCCUGGCCCCGAGGGGCCCUGCUCUUCCUCUGGCUCUGCUCUCCCCAGCUGGGGGGUGGCGGGGGUGGCGCAGCCCUCGCGGCAGCUGCUGGAGGGGGGUCCCCACCAGCUACAUCCUGCCCGGCAGCCUGUUCCUGCAGCAACCAGGCCAGCCGGGUGAUCUGUACUCGGAGGGAACUGGCUGAAGUCCCGGCCAGCAUCCCAGUCAACACGCGAUACUUGAACCUUCAGGAGAAUGGGAUCCAGGUGAUCCGAACUGAUACCUUUAAACAUCUGCGUCAUCUGGAGAUCCUUCAGCUGAGCAAGAACCUGGUGAGAAAGAUUGAGGUGGGCGCCUUCAACGGCCUGCCCAGCCUCAACACGCUGGAGCUCUUCGACAACCGGCUGACCACGGUGCCCACGCAGGCCUUCGAGUACCUGUCCAAGCUGCGGGAGCUGUGGCUGCGCAACAACCCCAUCGAGAGCAUCCCCUCGUACGCCUUCAACCGGGUGCCGUCGCUGCGGCGGCUGGACCUGGGGGAGCUCAAGCGGCUGGAGUAUAUCUCGGAGGCCGCCUUCGAGGGGCUGGUGAAUCUGCGUUACCUCAAUCUGGGCAUGUGCAACCUGAAGGACAUCCCCAACCUGACGGCGCUGGUGCGGCUCGAGGAGCUCGAGCUGUCCGGCAACCGGCUGGACCUGAUCCGGCCGGGCUCCUUCCAGGGCCUCACCAGCUUGCGCAAACUCUGGCUGAUGCACGCCCAGGUGGGCACCAUCGAGCGCAACGCCUUCGACGACCUCAAAUCCCUGGAGGAGCUCAACCUGUCCCACAACAACCUGAUGUCCCUGCCCCACGACCUCUUCACGCCCCUGCACCGGCUGGAGCGCGUGCACCUUAACCACAACCCGUGGCACUGCAACUGUGACGUGCUCUGGCUGAGCUGGUGGCUCAAGGAGACGGUGCCCAGCAACACCACGUGCUGCGCGCGCUGCCACGCCCCCGCCGGCCUCAAGGGCCGCUAUAUCGGCGAGCUGGACCAGUCGCACUUCACGUGCUACGCGCCGGUCAUCGUGGAGCCGCCGACGGACCUCAACGUCACCGAGGGCAUGGCGGCCGAGCUCAAGUGCCGCACGGGCACCUCCAUGACCUCCGUCAACUGGUUGACCCCCAACGGGACCCUGAUGACCCACGGCUCGUACCGUGUCCGCAUCUCGGUCCUGCACGACGGGACCCUCAACUUCACCAACGUCACCGUCCAGGACACGGGCCAGUACACAUGUAUGGUGACAAACUCGGCCGGCAAUACCACGGCUUCCGCCACCCUCAAUGUCUCCGCUGUGGACCCCGUGGGGGCGGGUGGUCCCGGCGGGCCCGGGGGCUCUAGCGGGGGAGGCUACACGUACUUCACCACAGUGACCGUGGAGACUCUGGAGACCCAGUCUGGUGACGAGAUCCUCCUGCCCCGCGGGACAGAGAAGGAACCCCCAGGGCCCACGACAGACGGAGGCUGGGGUGGGCCCCGAGGCCCCGGCGAGGUGGGAGGACCUGCCUCGUCCUCCACCACGGCGCCUGCCCCGAGGUCCUCCCGCCCCACAGAGAAGGCGUUCACGGUCCCGAUCACGGACGUGACCGAGAAUACCCUCAAAGACCUGGACGACGUCAUGAAGACCACCAAGAUCAUCAUCGGCUGCUUCGUCGCCAUCACCUUCAUGGCCGCCGUGAUGCUGGUCGCCUUCUACAAGCUUCGCAAGCAGCACCAGCUCCACAAGCACCACGGCCCCACCCGCACCGUGGAGAUCAUCAACGUGGAGGACGAGCUGCCCGCCGCCUCCGCCGUGUCCGUGGCCGCAGCCGCUGCCGUGUCCGGCGUGGGCGGGGGCGGGGACAGCCACUUGGCCCUGCCCGCCCUGGAGCGUGACCAUCUCAACCACCACCACUAUGUGGCCGCUGCCUUCAAGGCCCACUACAGCAGCAACCCGGGUGGCGGGGGCUGCGGGGGCAAGGGGCCCCCCGGGCUCAACUCCAUCCACGAACCUUUGCUCUUUAAGAGCAGCUCCAAGGAGAACGUGCAAGAGACACAGAUCUGA